AUGUCCAAAAAUGUCAUCAUUUUUGAAAUCGAAUAUGAACAAGACCGUUCUAAUGAAAUAAAUGAUUUUAAUAAUAGUUCUAGUAAUGACGAAGAAUGUAGUAGUAAUAUUCCUAAUAUACUCCCGAAUGAUCCAAAAAAUAUCGAUGAAUUUUUUGACGUAAUAACUAGAUCAAAAAAUUUCAAUGAUAUAGCAUAUUGGCCUGAACAAUUAACAUCUACUGAUAAAGAUUAUUUGAUAACAACAGGACCCAAAAUGUCUAUUGAUUAUAUGAAAAAUUUUAAUUUUUCUAAAAACAAUAAUAACCGUAGUUUUUCAUAUUCGUUAUUUUUUCGAACUAUAAGGAACAGAGAAAAAUAUUUAAGAAAAUGGAUAUUUAAUCCUACGAGUCGAUCUAAUUUAUCCAAAGAUGGGUUAAAAGACUGGAAACAUGUAAACGAGUAUUUAAAAACGCACGAGAAUUCACCUCAUCAUAUCAAAUGUGCUAGUAUGUGGUUGGAAACUAAUAUAAGGCUUAAAGAAAACAAAUCAAUCGACGCAGGCUUACAAAAACAAAUAGUUGCUGAAAGAGAACAUUGGAAAAAAGUUUUAGAACGAUUAAUUGAAAUAACAAUUUUUCUUGGGAAAAAUAAUUUAGCAUUUCGAGAUAGCUGUCCAUGGGCGCUGGGUUUUCCAAUUUUCAUGGAGUACCUAAAAGCCGGGUUUUCGUCAUAG